AGCAGUACUUUGGCACCAUGGCAGGGGUUCGAGGCUUCUCAGACCCCAACGUUCAAAUCAACCCUGACGGAAAGUCUGUGUGGUAUCAGAAACUGAACAAGACCAUAACCACAAAGGCCGACUACUUACUCCCUUUCUACCUCAACGAACUGGGCGGCCACUGGUUGAAUGCUACGCAGUGCAUGGACGCAGGAUCUAAUGGGUACGAGGAGAAUCACCUGGCCUACAAUUUUGGCCUCAACGAUCAUUGGGCUCUCAAUAAUACACCGUGGAGUUGGGGAUACUACAAGCGGAAUGACCUUCCUGUCCAGUUCGCCCUCGCCGAAGGUUGGACGAUCGGUGACAUGUACCAAGAGAGCGUGAUAGCCUCAACCAACCCGAAUCGUGUGACUUGGGUCAGUGGCUCCAUAGCGGUCCCCGGGUCGCCCCAGACGGCCAAUGAAGGCGGUGUAUACAUCGACAACAACGAAGUGCCCGGCUGUGAAGCACCGGGUUUGAACUGUUAUCCGCUCUCCUGGACCACGACACCUGAGAUCUACCAGAAAGCCGGUGUUACGUGGCAAGUCUAUCAGGACCUCGACAACUUCGACGACAACCCUCUUGCAUGGUUCAAACAAUACCAGACCGCCAAGAAUGGUACUGUCCUCCAUAAACGUGGAAUGUCGUACCUUGGCCUCGAGGAUUUCUACGAACAUGCUGCUAACGGUACCCUGCCAAUGAUCUCCUACAUCAUCGGCCCUACUGAACUCUCGGAGCAUCCUCCAUAUUCCCCCCACGACGGAGCAUGGCUCCAACAGCAAGUGGUCAACGCUGUCACCCAGGGUAAAAGCUGGAACAGCACGGCUUUGAUUAUCAGCUACGACGAGACUGGUGGCUGGGGCGACCACGUUUCUCCUUACCACGCACCCAAUGGAACGGCAGGCGAGUGGUUCGAAGACCCGUACGACAUGUUCGGUUACACGUUCUCGGGACCUGGUUUCCGUCUCCCGUUCUACAUCAUCUCACCAUGGACUCGCGGCGGGAAUGUCUUCACCGAGAAAUGCGACCACAACUCCCAGAUCAUGUUCCUGGAAAAGUGGCUGGCGGCGAAAGGUUAUAACAACGUGGUGACGAACCAGAUGCCCGCGUGGCGUCGUGCUCAUAUGUCCGACUUGACGGCGGCAUUCGACUUCAGCAGCCCCAACACUUCCAUCCCCGCGAUCCCCCUGGCAAAAGUGCCACACAAGGAUAGCAAGGGCGUCUGGGACGGCUCAUCCUACUGCGAAGCGCAAUACGCGGUCCAGCGCCCACCUGUCCCUUACGGCAACCAAACCGAAGAGACAUCUCUGGUUUCCGAAAAGGGGUUCAAGGCGGUGCGUGGGUAUCUCACCGAGGGUCGCUACCUGACCUUUGAGUCGUCCGGCUUCGCGCUUUCUAACCCCGGUGGCCAAAGCACACAUUUCAAUGCCUCCCAAGCAACGGCGUCUCAUUCGACAUUGGCUCAACGUUGGGUGAUUCACGAGACGGCCACAGACAGUCGGCUGUACACCAUCAGUAGCGCAGUGGAUGGGCAGUACAUGGGCGCGAACAUGGAGCUGGUCAACAAGACCAUGGCAAUGGUGCACAGUAUCCCUUACCUCGGAGGCGGGGAUGGAUACAACUUGGUGAACAGCCAUGGAGAGUUCAUGGCGGUUGACGCUUCUGGAAAACUGUCGAUGGGCUCGUCUGCACAUUCGUUUGCGAUUUACAGCGUCACCUAG